GAGGGCUCGGUCGGCGUUGCCUCUCAGGCAGGGACCGUCAGCGAGAUGGAGCCGCGCAGGAGGGCGGGGGCCCCGUUUCUGCUGUGGGCCGUGGCGCUGUUGUUUGUCGGGGUCAGCCUGGCUGUGGCAGCUGAUGAAGAAGGAACUCAGGAUGAGUCUUUUGAGUCACAGGCAACCUUGCCAUCAGAAGAACAGGUGAAAGACCAUCGAACUGGAGCCCAUGUAGUAGCAGGGCAAAUUUUUAUUGACUCUGAGGAACCGGAGUCUCAUGCUGAAGAUGGAGACGAUCUUAGGAGCCCAGAAGAGGAACAGGAAAGAACUUUAGAGGAGUUGAGCUCUCCUGAACUGUCAGGCUCCUUAAAUAAGGACUUGGAAGAAGUUGAAGUGCAAAAACCAGUUAUAACAGCUAUAGGAGGAACUGCAGAUGGUGAGCUGUGCCGUUUCCCAUUCCUUUUUCUGGAGAAGGAAUAUAUGGAGUGUACUGCAGAUGGAAGGGAAGAUGGCAGACUGUGGUGUGCCACGACCUAUGACUACAAGAGCGAUCAGAAAUGGGGUUUCUGUGAAACUGAAGAACAGUCAAAUAAGAGAAGACAAAUGCAAGAGGCAGAGGAUGUUUACCAAACUGGGAUGAAGAUCCUUAAUGCGAGCACCAAAAAGGCCCAGAAGAAAGAAGCUUAUCAAUACCUUCUGAGAGCAGCCGACAUGAACCAUACCAAGGCAAUGGAAAAAGUGUCUUACGCCUUGUUGUUCGGGGACUACUUGAAGCAAAAUAUCCAGUCGGCUAAAGAGCUGUUUGAGAAACUGACUGAAGAGGGGUCUCCUAAAGGGCAAACGGCCCUUGGUUUCCUGUAUGCUUCUGGCCUUGGUGUUGAUUCCAACCAAGCUAAGGCACUGGUUUAUUACACUUUUGGAGCUCUUGGAGGAAAUCUGAUAGCCCACAUGAUUUUAGGCUACCGCUAUUGGGCUGGCAUAGGAGUCCUUCAGAGCUGUGAGUCUGCUCUCACGCAUUAUCGUCUAGUAGCCAACCAUGUGGCAAGUGACAUCUCUCUGACAGGAGGUACAGUAGUACAGAGAAUUCGUCUGCCCGAUGAAGUGGAAAAUCCAGGAAUGGCAAGUGGGAUGCUGGAAGAAGAUUUGAUACAAUAUUACCAGUUUUUAGCUGAAAAAGGAGAUGUACAGGCGCAAGUUGGACUUGGGCAGUUGCAUCUCCAUGGAGGAAGAGGAGUAGAACAAAAUCAUCAGAGAGCUUUUGAAUAUUUCAAUCAAGCAGCCAAUGCUGGUAACUCACACGCUAUGGCGUUUUUGGGAAAGAUGUAUUCAGAAGGAAGUGAUAUCGUACCCCAGAGCAAUGAAACAGCACUUCAGUAUUUUAAGAAAGCUGCUGAUAUGGGUAACCCAGUGGGACAAAGUGGUCUAGGAAUGGCUUAUCUGUAUGGAAGAGGUGUUCCAGUGAAUUACGAUCUGGCACUGAAAUAUUUCCAGAAGGCAGCGGAUCAGGGAUGGGUAGACGGACAGCUUCAGUUGGGCUCGAUGUAUUACAACGGCAUCGGAGUCAAAAAGGAUUAUUCAAAGGCCUUGAAGUUUUUCAACCUGGCUUCUCAGGGAGGCCACAUUCUGGCCUUCUAUAACCUGGCACAGAUGCAUGCCACUGCCACGGGAGUGGAUCGUUCCUGCCGUACUGCAGUCGAGCUAUUUAAGAAUGUCUGCGAGCGAGGCCGCUGGUCGGAAAGGCUUAUGACUGCCUACAACAGCUACAAAGAUGGCAAUGCAAAUUCUGCUGUGGUUCAGUAUCUCCUAUUGGCUGAGCAAGGCUAUGAAGUGGCACAGAGCAAUGCCGCCUUCAUACUUGAUCAAAAAGCUGCCACCAUUAUAGAAGAAAAUGAAACGUAUACCAGAGCCUUGCUGCACUGGAACAGGGCAGCCUCCCAAGGUUACACCGUUGCUAGACUCAAACUUGGUGAUUACCACUUCUAUGGCUUUGGCACUGACGUUGAUUAUGAAACGGCAUUUAUUCACUACCACCUGGCAACAGAACAUCAGCACAGUGCCCAAGCUAUGUUCAACCUGGGAUACAUGCAUGAGAAGGGACUCGGCAUCAAGCAGGAUAUACACCUUGCAAAACGCUUCUAUGACAUGGCAGCUGAUGCCAGCCCUGAUGCUCAAGUUCCAGUCUUCCUUGCGCUCUGCAAAUUAGGAAUCGUUUAUGCUUUCCAGUAUGUCCAAGAAACCAACAUCAAAGAAGUGUUCUCCCAUCUUGACAUGGAUCAGCUCUUGGGACCAGAGUGGGACCUUUACCUCAUGACCAUCAUUGCUCUGCUCUUGGGCACGGUUAUAGCUUACAGGCAGAGGCAGCAUCAGGCAAUCCCCAGACCUGCAGGGCCCCGGCCAGCCGUUCCUCCUCAAGAGCCUCCUCCAGAACAUCAGCCACAGCAAUAGCAAAAGCCAAGGAUCUCCACGAGGUGAACUGGAUUCGUCCAGCUGGGACUGCUCUUGUGAUUUUUUUAUGACGCCAGAUUGAUGGUCACUUCCACACCAGAGAGAUAAAAGAAGUGUUGCAUUCUGAAAGCUGCUGAGAACAAUGCCUUUUUUCAGGAAUAUGCAACUUUCUUCAAGACUGAAAUGAAUGUUAUUUCAGUGCCAAUGGAAUAACACAAUGGCGGGAGGUGGUGAAACACAAUUGUGCUACUGCAAAAGUGAUACCUGCUGUAUCCAGAUGGUUACUCAGAGCCCUUUUUCCAUCCUCCCAUGAGUGUUCAGAUGCCCUCCCUGGUGAAAGCUGCCCCUACCCAGAAGUUUUGUGGCUCAAUACAACACGAGAAUCAGAUCUGCACCCUCCUAAGCAAAUGGCAGCUCUGUUCUCAGAGUGCGUUUGACAUUGUGAUAAACACGAAUGAUGCUUUUAUCUUCCUCCUUCUCCCAAGUGUGUAUGUUAAAGCUGUCUUAAUCCCUUGAUGCUAUUUGUUUGUCUGUUUUAACCUGGAUGCACCAGUCAUAAGAAGCAGAUAAAGACAAUCAGUUAAUAGAUUGAAUAUGUUAUUUGUUCCCUGUGGUCUCUGCUUAUCCCUCGCCUCUUGCACGUACCCUUUUGCUAGUAGCAAAAAUGGCUUUAAAAGGUUUAGGGAUAUGGACUUACAUUUAUAACAGAAAAAUGUAAUUUAACAAAACCCUUGAGUGUGAAGAAUUCAAAUUUGUCCCUUUAGCCUGCUGGGGGAGGGGGGCUCACAAGACUAGCUUGUUCAGUUUUCCUUUAAAAGGAGGGAGGUCCACAAAUAUGCCAAGGUUGGCCCCAAGUGUUCAAAAAUCCUUCUGAGUUCAAUAAUAGGUAAGCUUUAAAAAAAAAAACACUACCAUCUUAUAUAGUAGUGGUAGUUUAUUUUUCAGACUCACGAUAGCGUUAAUGAGCCAGAUUUGUCUUAACCAAAUACACUGCUUGUGCUGCACACUGCUUGUGCUGCAGUGGAGUUAGUAUAAUUGGAAACCUACAUAUCAGAAUAUGUGUCCUAAGUUUGUUGAAGGUGGCAUCUAACGUUAUUGGCUAGUAGCCUCACUGUUUAGACCAGACUAUUCUUAACACCCCAAAUUCCUCUGCCGGUCAGGAUGUCAAUAGAAAACAUAACAUGAGCUUUUUUUUCUGCACUUGGCAAAGAUGCUUAAAAAAUAUUCAAAAGCUUGUUUCCACAAAGCAGCAGCUAAGACCCAACUUGUAGUAGGAAAUUUCAUCCCUUAAGUUUCUUUUGCAGUUUUGGUCUAGUUGCUUUUCCUGACUUCCCUGUUUAGGGUAACUUUUUCACAAAAGUGUAUUAUUUUUUCUACUUUGGUGGCAGAUGCAAAUGUCUGCUCCUAGAGUCACGCUAGAUGAGCUGUCAGUACUGCUGGCAGUAGCGUGGUUGUAUGUUGAUCUCUUGGCUGGAUCUCAUACAGUGCAUUUGAGAAGCACGUAAUUUUACUUUUUGUGUAUAUCGGUAGUUUGGGGCAUCUGGUUCAUAGUUACCAUUGGAAAACCUAGUGCCACCUCUGCCAAAGAAGAUGCUGUAUGGCUCUGAAGCAGAAGUAUGUUGUUGAGCAAGACUGCCUGUUGUCUGGGAAACUGGUGAGAAGGGCUUCUAGCAGUAAGGCAUAUUAUUGCAGCUUAACUACAGUGUUACGAAGGCAGGUUUAGCUGGUCUUCAAAAGGCACACAUCAGAAGGAUGAGAUGGGGGGGUGGAAUUUACCAUGAGUAGAAAGUAUCAAAUGUCCAAUUUUAGUUUACGUCUAUGCCAUGGUUCAAAAAAGCAUUGUUUGUCGGGGUGAGGGGAGGUAUGUAUUUAACAGGUCAGUAGUUCUCAGAGCCCUAGAGGCAAGUUGCUGUGUGUGUGGCUUAGCAAGCGUUGUGGCGCUUGGCAACUAGAGCGGCCACUGAGAACUAUCAGAGUUCCCAUUGUAACUGGUGGUCUCCCAUGUAUGUCCAUGAUUUCCAUUCAUCAUUGAGUGCAAUCAAUGCUUGAUUUCAGUGAGAUCCAAAUAUUGCACAUAACCUGUGAUCUUUAGGUCCUAUUGGCUUGAGUCACAUUGAACUGUACUUUCACUGGAAUGACAACCAGUAACUGCUCAUUGGCUCUUCAGAAUAUCCAUCCAUGCAUAAAACCUCUUUCUGACAUUAAAUGUAAUAGUUACUGUGGAGGUUCUUUAAGAAUGGCUGUGCCCCUUAAAACCCUUUUUAUUUGUUAAAAGGACGUAAAUCUUGCUCUUUCAUCUCCAUUAAAUGAUGUAGCCAUCAUAUUUACCUUCACUUACUAAACUAGGCUUUGGAGAAAUAAGCAAAUACUGCGUAAUGUUUAGCUUUUUGAAAAAACAAAAUGAGCAAUAAGGUUCUCUUCCCCCACCCCACACAUACUCCGGGCUUUUCCUCUUCUUUUCUUUUAAUAGUAUCUAUUGGGAUAUGAUUUUGUUGGCACUAGAUACAUGGAGAAACAUCAAGCUAACUCAGGGAUUUAAGAAUAAUGAAUGGAUCUUCUAGGUUUUCUGUGUAGCAUGAGGUAACUUUAUUUGACCAUCUUCUGCUAUCCUAUUGUAAGCUUAUCUUUUAUUUUAAAACCUUCGUAUCAAAACAAAACUGCUUUUAUUUAAUCUGUGCUAGGAAAGGAGGGUUUGACUUCAAAGAUUUUUAUGGAGUGUAAUUUUGAAGAGCAUCCUGUUUCUGCUGUUGGAGAUGUGUCUUGCUAGAAGAACUAGAUAGGUUAGAUUUUCAAUUAUUCAAUUUGAAUGGAUUGCUUAACCUAGAAGUAAUAUUCAAUGGUGAUUCUACUUCAGAAGCAAUGCAUAACUGGUGGUUGUGAUGGAAUGUCUUGGAUCCUACCCCUUGCUCCCCAUUUGUUCUUUGUGGUGGCAGUCUCUGCUACAGAGCACAUUCCUCUUGUGUUAGACACUUUUCAGCUUCUUGAAAGUCAUUGGUGUCUUGCAUGAGCGGAAGUGCCUAGCACCAGAGGAAUGUGCACUCCACAGUGGACAAAGGAACCACAGGUGGAAGGAUUCAAGACUAGGUAUUUAGAAGUCUCUUCUGAGAGUUCUUCGAAAAGUAGCAAUGUUUAAUCGAAGGGUUUUACUCAAGUUUUCAGUUACUAAUCUGGAAGUAUAUGAUUAAAAUAACACGGAUGUUCCCCCCCAAAGUCUGGCCAGGCUUCUGAGUUCUGCCACCCAUAUCUUGAUAGCUUGUGGCAGCUCUCCAAAUAUAUUACCCAUAAAGUAGUUUUGUAUAUAUGUGAAAUACUUCCGCUAACUUCCCCAGAAGGAAUGUAAAGGGGAGGGUGGGACUUGCCUUUAAAAACAAAAGUCAUUAGUACCUCCCUUGAGGGACUGUUUCCUUUGAAUGGGAUGAGAAAUUGUUUAAUGCACGUACCAGCCUCAAGGCAACUAAAAGUGUUGGAGACUAUAUUAGGCUCUGGUUUUAACAUCAGACGUCAUAUCCACUGAAACAACUGAGGCAUAAAGAUGCAGCACCUUGUAAAUCAAAUCAUUGAUGCUAUGUGCACAACACAGGUACACCAGCAUUGCUUAGUUGCAAGCCAUGGGUUCCUGGCUCCACUAACUUGUUUCACUGGUACUUGGGUUACAUUCGCAAAUAUGUACAAUAUGUAUGUGGACGUCUGCCGCAUUAAACAUAAUGGGACUAGCUUCCAAGUAAAUAUGUCUAGGGGCAAAUGACAAACUAGGACUAAUGUAAGCUGGAUUGGUACCACAGUUUGCAAUCUGUCAAUGUGCUAUUUCCAAUGAGAGUUAAAAAAUCUGGUCCGACAGCUGGAUUCAAAUGUAUACAUAAUCGUUUUCACCACAAGCCUGGUUUUGUUUACCUUUUCUGGUUCUUAUUAUUUUAAACUGAAUACAUUUACACUCUCCCACUCCACCAGGGUUUUUUUUUUUCUUUUUCAGUGCUUGGUAUGAUUUGAGAGCUGCAAUUGAAUGAGUACACUUGGAAAGGGCUAGUGAGAAGUCCUUUUUUGUUUCAUAUUGGCCUGAGUCAUUAAGUGUAAGAGGGAUUUUGUAAAUUCUCUUUUGUAUUUAAGUGAUGCAGUAUAAAGGUUGGAAAAAGUGUAAUAUAACUAUGUAAACAAAUCCUGUUAAUAGAAAGAUGUACAGAUUCAUUUUUGUACUAUAUCUUGUUGAAUAAAGAUGCCACUUUUGUGAUUGGCCUGUAA